UGAACAAUGAGCAAGCAAUCAUCCUUCAGCUUGCUUAAGAAGUUGCGCCAAGAGAAGCCCGGAACAACUCGAAGUGGAAGAGCACAUAUUCCUACUCGACGCUUUGGUGAUAGUGACGAUGAAGGGAGGGAGGAUGGUCUACCGCCUAGAGGACGAGGCCGGAGGACCACGAGUGAGGAGGUUUCGCUUUCCCAGCGAUGAGGAGGGGGCUUACCCCCUAGAGGACGAGGCCGGGGCCAAGAGCGUACACUAGGGCAGCGGACUCCGACACCCUCCCUUAGUGAUGUACCCUCCGCUACUGGCACCGAGACUUCCGAGGGGGAGGAGGGAGCGAGAGGAGCCUCCCCAGAGGAUGAGGAGAUAGAGGAGGACAGUGAGGUGCAGCAGGAGGAGAUUGAUGCGGAGGAGGAGGCGGAGGACGAGGACGAGGAGGAGCUCGAGCCACAGGGGAGCUCGAAGUCGAUCUGGACUCGGGGAAUAGCGGGUCUCCCAAAAGUACCAGCUAAUGAUGAUGAGAAAACCCUCAUUAAGCCGAAUAACAAAGACAAUUGGUCAUUUGUUGGUACACGGGGCCGCCUUCCAAAUGGCGUGCUUGGAGUGUUGCUGAAGAAGUAUUGGCCGGGGCUCUACAGGUUGAAGCCGCUAGAUGAAACAUGCCGGGACAAGAAGCUAGCCCUUAAAUGGGAGGACUAUGAAGCUGCUCAUGACGAAAGCUUCGGGACCUGUGCGAAUGCUGUGAUCACCAAUUUUUGGGUCUUUUAUAAAGUGCCGACGGAGGAUAGUACCAAGGCGGGCCAGGUCUUGGUGAAUGCCGCGAGGAAGAUGGUACGCCAGCAGCGGUACGAUGCGCGCAUUGUGGCCAUCUCGCACUUCUACGCCGAACAAGGCAAAAGGGUCCUGAAGAAAGAAAUUGUUGCAAAAGGUCUUACAUUGUCGAAGGAGGAGUUCAUGGGCGUUGCUCCCAAAUGGGUCGAUGGACGAGACGAUGGAUGGGCGGCAUUGGUGGACUUGUGGGUCGGGGAAGAUGCGGAGUUCAUGGCCCAAAGCAUGAAAAAUAGGGAGAAUCGUGGCAAGGAUGGAACGCACAAUGCAGGAAACCGGUCCCAUGAUCGCUACAAGGCGCACCAGGAGCAAGUUCAUGGGAAGCCGCUUACUAUGUUAGGAGCCUGGAAGAUGUCGCAUAAGAAGACGAAGGUCGACAAACCUGGAGAGGAGCAAUACUAUGGUAAGUCUGGCACAUACUUGCAAAAUUACGCGACGGCGUUCAAAAAACUGCAUGGGGAGGAUUCUCAGCCCCUUGAGGAGGAGGUCGACGAGACGGUGGUGAUCGUGUCAGGGCUCGGCAAGCGGCAUGGCCGCCAUCAGAUUCUUGAUGGGGUGAUCGCGCCUACCACCACACUCACACAAGUUCGAGCUUCUAGCAUGAGCAGCAGUCAGUUGAUCCCACCUCGUCCACGGCCCGGUGGAUCUAGGCGGGCCUUCGAUACUUCUCUGGACGAGGCAUACGAUAGGCUCUAUGAGAGUUAUGAGGAGAAGCUUGAGGAGUACGUGAAGUCGGUUGAAGCCCAUGAUGCGUACCAGGCCAGCCAUAAUGCGGCGGUGAUGGCGUAUAUUACUACUGGAGUUCAGCCAACUAUGGGAUCUCCGCCACCACCAAAACCACCGCUACCAAGGAUCCCAACGAGAGAAGAAUUCCUCGCCUCGGUCACCUCAGGAAUUCCGGGAUCAGCUCAGUCCAGCACUGAUAUUGGUCGUGCUUCGCCUCGCCCUCACCCUCGCCCAGCCAGUCGCGGCCUAUCACUCCGAUUCAUACCGGAAGUAGUCGUGGUCCUAGUGCUUCUGCUGAGCCUGCUGACUUGCCGUUUCAGUGAUGAUGCUCUAGGAGGCAGACCUUGACAAGUGCGGGAACUCGAAGUCCGUUGUUUGUGAUUGUUGAACUUGUAGUGUCUUGCUUGUGUCCUGUGAC